AUGCCCCAUCUGCCUACUUCGCAACAGUCCUCAUCACAGAAGUCAUAUACUAUGUCUCCUGUCUCGCCGACAUCGUCUUAUACCUCAUCUGACUACUCGUAUUUCUCUCCACACGCGCCAUUUACCAGUCCGAGUCCAAGCACUAGCAGUGGCACUUUGAGCGUUCCAAGUUCUCCGUACGUCAAUGUUGGACCUCUUGCUAUUGGACAUGGGUACAAACCUCCAAUGUCACACAGCGCAGGCACAACUAUAACAACGACGACGACCUCGCCUGGCGGUCCCGUUAUCACCGCCACUAUGACGACGCGUACUUCAGCAGGCAUUAGCAACGUCAGUAGUGCCGGUGGCGGUGGCUACGGCAGUUAUUCUGGCUACCAGCCCCAAGCCAACAGCAAUCAGGAUGUCCUUCAGCAGUUUGCGCUCCACAUUCCGCCUCCACCGCCAUUAUCGCUGUCUCUUUCUACACAGCGCAAUCCUUCCGCUUCCUCCACGGACUCUCGGAAUUCCUCUGGAUCUCCUCAGAUGUCCCUCUCAAGCACACCGGCCCAGCAUACGCUCAGCGUGCUGCUUCCUCGAAACGUCCAGCCUGAAAUGGUCACUAUAUCGGCGAAUAAAGGUGAUCGAAUACGCGUCGUGGCCGAUGCAUGGGGUGGUGGAAAUGAAUGUCAUUAUGAAUGGCAGAUCAGCUUCCCACCUCAUGACAUAGAUAUGGGCGCUGUACAUGCUCGCUUCGAUCCCGAUGGCCGAUUGACGCUUGAAGUGAGGAGAAGAGCUGCUGCCAGAGCGCGUUAUCUCUGA